UCUUACUUUUUCUUGGGCUAUACAAGGUCAAUCUGCGAGCUCAAUGCCGGUGCUGGUAGUUGUACCAUUCCUUCUUGGAGCAAUGGGGUCGUCGUCCUGAAAGGGACCGGGACAGCGACCCGUCUCUGCUGCUGUUUCCACCAUUACUGCGUCUCCGCCUCCGUCUGACCACAUCACCUUGCGCUCUGCAGUCUGCAGAAAAGUAGGAAACUAAUAAUUGCAGUAAAACAAGAGGGGUGGCUCAGCUCGGCUCAUUGGGAUGUUGCUGCUUACCAUUUCUUGGACUAGUUGGGGAAAGAUGGUGUCUUCAGUUCUAUUCCCGUUCUUCCGCGUCAAUUUGGGGCAGUUUGUUUGAUUGUUUCCUAAAGAAAGGUGACAUCUUGUACUGUUUGAUCCAUGUGGAUGAAGUGCCCAUGUGGUCACGAGUAGUAUCUUCUUGGAUCAAGUGAGGUUAUCUUAUUUGUUCAAAUUCCCUGUUUAUUUGAUCAAUCUGGGUAGUUCAUUGCAGAAAGGGGCCAACUAUGCUGCCAUUUAUGCCCAUUGGCUUCUUGUAGGACUCUGGUGUUUAUUGUCAAGUGGACAUGUGGCGUAUUUUCCUCUUUUCUUGAAUGGGUUUCUUGUGGAGUGUCCAAGUGGCUUAUUUCCCCUCCCAUAUCAAUAUAAAGCAGCAAGGCACCAUGGGGCUCUUAGGCAUGAUGGGUGACUCGUUGGGUUGUUCGGCCACCGGCGAGCGACUCGUCUCCGCCGCAAGGGAUGGAGACAUCCAAGAGGCUAGGGCUCUCUUGGAGCUCAACCCCCGCCUUGCACGGUAUUCUACGUUCGGGAUCCAGAACUCACCCCUCCAUUACUCGGCAGCAAAGGGCCACCAUGAGAUUGUCUCCCUCCUAAUCGAAUCCGGCGUUAAUAUCAACCUUAGGAAUUGCAGAGGACAGACUGCUCUGAUGCAAGCUUGUCUAUAUGGUCAUUGGAAAGUUGUACAGAUUCUAGUUCUUUUUAAAGCUAAUAUUCACAGAAGGGAUUGUUUUAGUGGCGCGACAGCUAUUCAUUUUGCUGCCCUAAAAGGUCAUACUCGGUGCAUUCGGCUUCUUGUGGCUGAUUACGUGCCUAGCUUGCUGGAGUUUUGGAAUAUUAUGCGUGGAAAGUCCACAGAUGAAACAAAAAAGGACGCCUUUGAUGCAGUAGCUCUCCGGAGGCUAAUCAAUGGAAAGUCAGAUGGUGGCGUCACCCCGCUUCACCUGGCAGCCCUUCAUGGGCACGCUGAGAGUGUGCAAUUGCUGUUAGACCUUGGAGCUUCUAUUUCUGAAAUCACUGUCAAUGAUGGUUCAACUAUUGAUCUCAUUGGUUCAGGGAGCACACCUCUCCAUUACGCAGCAUGUGGUGGAAGUGCUGUAUGCUGCCAACUUCUCAUUGCAGCUGGAGCGAACAUGGGAGCUGAAAAUGCUAACGGGUUGACUCCUCUGAUGGUGGCUCGUUUGUGGCACAAAAAUAGUGUUGAAGGUAUCCUAAGCAAACAGCCAGAAGGCCGAAUACGCAUUCUUCCUUCACCAUAUAUGUGCCUCCCACUGAUGAGCAUUGUCAAAAUUGCUCGAGAAUGUGGAUGGAGGAAAACUUCUGCCUCCUCUACUUGUCAUGAUCCAUGUGUCAUUUGUUUGGAGGUGGAAUGUACGGUUGCUGCAGAAGGUUGUGGCCAUGAGUUCUGUACCAAAUGUGCACUCUAUUUGUGCUCCACCACUAGCAGCUCAACAUCCAUCCGAGGUGUGCCUGGCUCCAUAUCUUGCCCUUUGUGCAGGCACGCCAUUGUCUCAUUCAUGAAGCUCACCAGUACUACCCCAAUAAAGGAGCUUCCAUGGACAAGCACAUCAUUAGCUCUAUGUGCGGGUGGAGCAAACAGUGGUUCGAGCUAUUCUGGCUCUUUGCACCGACGGUCUGACACCCGUUGCUUGCGCUCCUCCUCAGUUCAGCUGGGAUGUUCUUCUUUUAGAUCCAUUGGCUCUAGGAAAUUGCCAUCAAUAAAGCUGAAUUGCACAGGAGCUGAUGAGGCGAUGCCUUGUCUCGUCAGCUGUCUCAGGCCAGAUGUGCAACGAUCGUCUUCGUACAGGGAAAGAAUUAGGAGAUACUCAGAGUUUUGAUAGCAUCCCUCUGUUGGUUUUGUGCCUCCCUUUCUUUGAGGUUUCGGGGUUUGGCAGUUCAAACUUGUGCAGUGUCUGUUCAUGUUUCUCUUUUCUUCUUUACACUUGUAGAUUGCUUUGUUGCUUGUAAUGUAGUUCAUGCUGUCCUUCUGGCGAA